GCCACUUGUAACCCCGCCCUCGUCGCAGCCCGCGUCUGUUUCCCGCGAAGAGCGAGAGCUCCUACUGCUUGUUCGUGGCGUCGGGAGCGGUAGUUAGCUAGCUAGGUAGUUAGCUAGCCACAGCUAUCUGUCACAUUUAAGGUCUAUCAUGGCGAAGCAAAGUUCGCUUUUCCAUUUCUUCACCAAGUCACCUCCUCCGGUAUCCAAGCUGAAAGCCAGUCCUCACCCACCCGAGGCUGACGUGGCCUCGUCUGUCCACAAGUCCAACUCGUCUCCGAAAGAAGAAGCUAAACUAGCGUCGAACAAGGCCGCCAAAGUCAAGUCAAAAAGUGUUGCGAAAAAUGCUAAGGGGGGAUUCAACAAAUUGUUCGGUGGCAAGGCAUCAACGGCCAAGGAUACCAGCCCCGCUUGCUCAUUCAGCGCCGGUACCCUUGUUUGGGCCAAGCUGGAGGGGCACCCAUGGUGGCCGUGCAUGGUGGCACCCCAGCCUCUGACUGGACAGCAGAUACGAGGCCGCGGUCAGGCUCAGCGCAUCCACGUCCAUUUCUUUGAUGAACCCCCUACUCGGGGAUGGGUCAGCACCAAAUACAUCAGAGAGUACCAAGGUUCUGAUAGUAGCGACGCCAAAACCGGAGGGUUGUUUUUCAGCGGAAAGCCUGAAAUCCGUCGUGCAAUGGAUCUUGCAGAUAAAGUUAUGUUUGACAGCACAGAAAACAAAUUAAAUAUCCCCGUCUGCACAGAUGCCUCAGAUGAAGAGGAGGAGGAGGAGGAGGAGGAAGAAAUGGAGCUUGACAAGUCGACUCUGAGUGAUGGCGACAUGGAUGAGGAUGAGGAUGAUCAGAAAAAUGAGGACUCCAAGUCAUCAAAGGUCCGUCAACGUCGGACCCGUUCCACCGGACAUAAGGCCAAGCGACGGCGCAUAGUCGAGGCCUCGGACAGCGAGGCAUCCGAUGAGGAAUUCAAACCUGAGCACGCCGCCAGCAGCAGUGAGGAAGAAGAGGAAGAAGAGGAAGAAGGCAGCGUCAGCAGCGGGGGGGGACAAAAGGACGGUGAACAGGAGUCGGCGUCGGAGCCGGACAGUCCCGUGAAGCCCGUGAAGCGCAAACGGCCUGCAGCCAAGCCAGCUGUAGCGAAGCCAAAGAUGAGUGGGGCCCCAAAACGAGCGCCAGCACCCGUUGCAGCGGACACAAAGUCUCGUUUGUCUGCUUUUUCUGCCCCUGACACAUUUGAAAGCCAGUCCAGUGGGUCGGGUGCCGGUGGAGGAGCCACAGUUUGGGACCACGAGAAGCUGGAGUGGCUGCAGAUGGACAGGAGGAAAGACGGUCAAAGACGACGAGCGUCAGAAGAAGAUUACGAUCCAACCACUCUGUACGUGCCAGAAGACUUCGUCAACAGAAACACUCCUGGGAUGCGUCAGUGGUGGCUCAUCAAAUCUGAGAUGUUUGACGCUGUCAUUUUCUACAAGGUGGGGAAGUUCUAUGAGCUCUACCACAUGGAUGCUGUGAUCGGAGUUAAUGAGCUCGGUCUGACCUUCAUGAAAGGCACCUGGGCGCACUCGGGUUUUCCAGAGAUUGGUUUUGCUCGCUUCUCAGAUGUCUUGGUCCAAAAGGGCUACAAGGUGGCUCGGGUGGAGCAGACUGAAACCCCGGAAAUGAUGGAAGCGCGUUGUAAGACCCUGGCUAAGCCCACCAAGUUUGACCGAGUGGUGAGGAGAGAGGUGUGCAGGAUCAUCACGCGAGGCACCCAGACCUACAGCGUGUUGGAUGGGACGCCUGCUGAGAGUCACAGCAAGUUUCUCCUGAGUUUAAAAGAGAAGACGGAAGAGCAAGGAAAAGGCGGAUGCUGCCGCAGCUACGGUGUUUGCUUUGUAGACGCCUCUGUAGGCUCCUUCCGUGUCGGCCAGUUCCCAGACGACCGCCAUUGUUCGCGUCUCCGCACCCUCAUAGCCCACUUUGCACCUGCCGAGGUGCUGUUUGAAAAGGGGAACCCAUCUGUGGAAACACGCAAAAUACUCAAAGCUUCUCUGUCCUCCGCGCUGCAGGAGGGAUUGAAUGCAGGCACUCAGUUCUGGGACGCUCAGAAGACUCUGAAAACCCUUUCAGAAGAAGCCUACUUCACAGAGAGUGCAGGCAAGGACCAGACGGCAGGGAGAAAUUGUCCACCAGUUCUUCUAAAAAAGAUGACCUCUGACAGCGAUUCACUGGGUCUCACCCCCAAGGAGGGCUACGAGCUGGCACUGUCGUCUUUGGGCGGAUGCAUCUUCUACCUGAGGAAGUGUCUGGUGGAUCUGGAGCUACUCUCCAUGGCCAACUUUGAAGAAUAUAUCCCUGUUGAUGUUGAGAUGGAGGAAGCUGCCGGACAGGAGAGCUUCUUUGCCAAGACUCGCCAGCGCAUGGUCUUGGACGGGGUGACUCUGGCAAAUCUUGAAAUAUUUCACAACGGCUCUGGAGGGACGGAGGGAACACUGUUGGAGCGCUUAGAUACUUGCUCCAGCCCGUUUGGCAAGCGGCUGCUCAAGCAGUGGCUCUGUGCUCCUCUUUGUAACCCGAAAUCCAUCCUGGACCGCCUGGAUGCUCUGCAAGACCUCAUGGGCGCUCAGGCUCAAGUUUCUGAAGUUUGCGACUUGCUGAAGAAGCUUCCCGACCUGGAGCGCCUCCUUAGCAAGAUCCACAGCAUCGGCACGCCUCUGAAGGGGCAGGACCACCCGGACGGCAGGGCGGUUCUCUACGAGGAGGUCACCUACAGCAAGCGUAAAAUAGCAGACUUCCUCUCAGCCCUGGAAGGUUUCCAAACCAUGCAGGAGAUUAUUCAUGUCUUCACGUCAGUUGCCCGUGACUUCCAGUCCACGUUACUCUGCCAAGUGGUCAGUCUUAAGGGGGACAACGGCCUCUUUCCAGACCUCUCUGCCGAACUCAAGCGCUGGGAGACUGCGUUCGACCACAAGAAAGCUCGCACCACGGGAGUCAUUACCCCAAAGGAGGGUUUCGACCCAGAGUAUGACCACGCUUUGGCGGGCAUCAAGAACUGCGAGCAAAAGCUACAGGAUUACCUGGACCGACAGAAGAAGAGGCUUGGCUGCAGGAACAUGGCGUACUGGGGCACAGGGCGAAAUCGCUAUCAGAUGGAAGUACCCGACGGGGUCUCGGAGAGGAACAUCCCAGAGGAGUACGAGGUGAAGUCAACAAAGAAGGGCUGGAAGCGUUACGUUACCGAGGAGUCUGAGCGGCUCUUCUCCGACUUGCAAGGCUUUGAGGAGAAGAGAGACGCCGCCCUGAAAGACUGCAUGAGGAGGCUCUUCUACAACUUUGACAAGAACUACAGCGACUGGAAGACUGCCGUGGAGUGCAUGGCAGUGCUUGACGUGCUGCUGGCCUUGUCACGCUACAGUCAAGGAGGAGAUGGACCGAUGACCAGGCCACAGGUGGUCCUCCCUCGUGGUGGUGACCACGCAGCACCCUUUCUCGAGCUUGUUGGUUCUCGCCACCCAUGCGUCACCAAGACCUUCUUCGGUGACGACUUCAUCCCCAAUGACAUCUUCAUUGGCUGCCCUGGUAGCAGCGAGGAACCCCAGGAGCAAAGUCAUCAGGCCUCUUGUGUCCUCGUCACGGGGCCCAAUAUGGGCGGGAAGUCGACUCUCAUGAGACAGUGUGGACUCGUGAUCGUGCUCGCUCAGCUGGGGUGUUUCGUUCCCGCAGAGAGUCUGCGCUUCACACCGGUCGAUCGAGUCUUCACUCGCCUGGGAGCUUCGGAUCGAAUCAUGGCUGGAGAGAGCACCUUCUUUGUCGAGCUGAGUGAGACCUCCUGCAUCCUGCACCAUGCCACCAAACACUCGCUUGUGCUUCUGGAUGAAUUAGGAAGAGGCACAGCCACAUAUGACGGCACAGCGAUUGCUUGUGCUGUUGUAAAGGAACUUGCUGAGAAGAUCAGCUGCCGUACUCUCUUCUCCACACACUACCACUCCCUAGUGGAGGACUAUGCAGACAACCCUGCAGUGCGCCUGGGCCACAUGGCAUGCAUGGUGGAAAACGAAUGCGAGGAUCCGAGUCAAGAGACCAUCACGUUCCUUUACAAGUUUAUCUCCGGUGCGUGUCCCAAAAGCUAUGGCUUCAACGCCGCUCGCCUCGCCAGCCUACCAGAGGAGGUGAUCCAGGCGGGUCACAGAAAGGCCAGAGAGUUUGAGAAAAGCACCAUCAGCCUCAGGCUCUUCAAGAAGCUCUGCCAGUUUGCCGAAGACACCACACUGGACAAAUCCCAUUUUGAUGCACUUGUUCAAAUGAUUGACACACUGUAGUUUCAAACUCGUUGUAGCACUCAGUGGACCGGUCCUGUCAUACCCCCCCACGUGGUGGGCAUCAAAUGGGCCUGAGCACGGCAUGCGUGCCCUGGUGUUGGUGAACCCCCAGCUUUGUUCCGUUUCACAGGAGGAAUAACACUAUUUUCGUGAUCCAAUAAAGUUUAUUUUUUUUACAAAAAAGGACAAUGUUUCACCUAGGAAAUUAAACCCUUUUAAUUCAAACUAGCGCCUACAUAACGGUUAUUGAAUACUUCACAAUAUAUUAAGUCUAGAUGUUAUGAUACAUGCAUACAUUUCAGUCUGAAUGAGAACCCACAAUCACCAGUACACAUGGAUGGGAGGGAAAGGGCAUCAUGAAACUUAUAGCGCUGUAUGGAGAUACUUGUCUCAGCUUCAGCCAAGCUGAAAAAAAGCCUAAGAAGUUCUCCUGCAACGUUGGCAAACAAAAUAGGAUCUGAUCAGGUAGAAAAAUGUCUGAAUUUGUUUUUGUUUUUUUAAAGCAACAUUGUUAAUUUUGGUCAUGUGUUUGAAUAAACUCAUCUGUUAAUUCCAAA